CGCCCCACCCGGGCGCCCGCGGUGAUCCAGGUUGGAGACUGGCGCGGCGCCGCUAGUGGGCUGGCUGGCAGGGCUGGGACCGCUGUGCGACUGAGCAGUUCAGGGGCUAAGCGAGCAUGCGGGGGGACCGGGCGGCUGGGCGGCAGGCGCUGCUGUCGCCUCCGCCGUCGUUGCUGCUGCUGCUGCUGCAGCUGUCCAGGGCCGCGGCGCUGUACCCAGUAGACCUCUUCCCCUACGGGCAGUCGCGGGGGGACCAGCUCCUGCAGGAAGGCGACGACGAAAGCUCAGCCGCCGUAAAGUUGGCGAGUCCCCUGCGCUUCUACGAAGCCCAGUUCAGCUACCUCUACGUGGGCACCAACGGCAUCAUCUCCACCCAGGACUUCCCCAGGGAGACCCAGUAUGUGGACGAUGGUUUCCCCACGGACUUCCCGGCCAUUGCUCCCUUUCUGGCCGACAUCGACACGAGCCAGGGCAGGGGCCGAGUCCUGUACCGCGAGGACACUUCUCCGGAGGUGUUGGGCCUGGCCGCCCAUUAUGUGCGCGCAGCCUUCCCGCGCCGAGCAGCGCACUUCACCCCUACCCACGCCUUCUUGGCCACCUGGGAGCAGGUGGGCGCCUACCAGGAGGCCACCCGCGGGAUGCCGCCCUCGGGACAGCUGAAUACUUUUCAGGCAGUUUUGGCAUCUGAUGAGUCUGAUACCUACGCCCUCUUUCUUUAUCCUGCCAAUGGCCUCCAGUUCUUUGGAACCCGCCCCAAAGAGUCCUACAAUGUCCAGCUCGAACUUCCAGCCCGGGUGGGCUUCUGCCGAGGGGAGGCCGAUGACCUGAAAAGAGAGGGACCAUAUUUCAGCUUGACCAGCACUGAACAAUCUGUGAAAAACCUCUACCAACACAGCAACCUGGGGAUUCCUGGAGUGUGGGCUUUUCAUAUUGGCAGCACCUCCGCAUUGGACAAUGUCAGGCCAGCAACAGUUGGAAGAGACCUUUCCAAAGACCGCUCUUCAGCUCCGCUGGAACAUUCCUUCAGCCAUGCUGCAGCCCUGGAAAGCGACUACACUGAGGACGAUUUGGAUUAUUACGAUGAGAAUGAGGAGGAAGUUGAAUACCCCCCGAGUGAAACAGAGUUGGUGUCGAAUGGCCACAGCAAUAUCGAUGUUUCCUUCCCCUCAAAAGCUGAUUCAAGGCCUUUCGGAGUUGGUGUCACUCCUUCACAUAACCACCUGGCCUCCCCUUUGCCACAUUCAACACCUAGCUAUUGGCCAUUCUACCCUGAAACAGAAUCUGCCACCGUGGACCCUCAAAUCAAAGAGAGGAGGCCUGUGGGGGAGAUAGAUGUCCCUCAUAGAAGAGGCCAAGUGGAAUCUUCUGAACAGCCAGGGACCAGAGACCUGGCUGCAUCAGAGACAGAAGGAGAUUCACUUUAUUCUUCCCGGGAAACCCCACUUCCCUACCUUGAAAACAGAAACAUGCAGCCUCAUCCAGAUGGAGGGGCACCGCCUUCAGAAAGGGAUGGCCCUCCAGCCCACCCGGAAAGAGAGAUGGUCCUACCCCAUUACCCUGUGCCAGGUCACACUCCACCAUGGGAUCACGGGAGACACGUGGUAGGGGCAGAAGACGACAUCAGAUCCAACACUGAGGUCUUCACGUAUAAUGCUUCCAACAAGGAGACCUGUGAACGCAACCACGGACAGUGCUCCCAGCAUGCCUUCUGCACUGACUACGCCACUGGCUAUUGCUGCCACUGCCAGUCCAGGUUUUAUGGAAAUGGGAAGCACUGUCUGCCAGCAGGGGCACCUCAUCGAGUCAAUGGGAAAGUGAGCGGCCACCUCCAUGUGGGCCACACGCCCGUGCACUUCACUGAUGUGGACCUGCAUGCUUACAUUGUGAGCAAUGACGGCAGGGCCUACACGGCCAUCAGCCACAUCCCACAACCCGCGGCCCAGGCCCUUCUCCCCCUGACGCCCAUCGGAGGCCUGUUUGGCUGGCUCUUUGCUUUAGAGAAACCAGGCUGGGAGAACGGCUUCAGCCUCACAGGUGCUACAUUUAUCCAUGACAUGGAAGUUACUUUCUACCCAGGAGAGGAGAAGGUUCGAAUCACUCAAACCGCUGAGGAGCUUGAUGCAGAGAACUAUUUGAACAUUAAGACCGACAUCCGAGGCCAGGUACCUCACAUCCCAGCAAGUUUCACAGCCCACAUCGCCCCCUACAAGGAGCUUUACCACUAUUCGGAUUCAGCUGUGACCUCCACCAGUUCCAGAGACUACUCUCUCACGUUUGGUGCCAUCAACCAAACAAUGUCCUACCGCAUCCACCAGAACAUCACUUACCAGACGUGCAGGCAUGUCCCCAGACACCCGAACAUCCCCACCACCCAGCAGCUCAACGUGGACCGGGUCUUUGCCUUGUACAACGAUGAGGAAAAAGUGCUUAGAUUUGCUGUGACUAAUCAAAUCGGCCCUGUUGAAGAGGACUCAGAGUCCAGCCCAGUGAAUCCUUGCUAUGACGGGAGCCACACAUGUGACAUGACAGCUCAGUGCCAUCCAGGGACAGGUGUAGAAUACACCUGUGAGUGUGCACCUGGGUACCAAGGAGAUGGACGGAAUUGUGUGGAUAUAAAUGAAUGUGCAACUGGCUUCCAUCGCUGUGGGCCCAACUCUGUGUGUAUCAACUUGCCAGGAAGCUAUAGGUGCGAAUGCCGGAGUGGGUACGAGUUUGCCACUGACCAGCACACUUGCAUCAUGAUUGCCCCACCUCCCAACCCCUGUGAGGAUGGCAGCCAUACCUGUGCUCCUGCUGGCCAGGCCCAGUGCAUUCACCAUGGAAGCAGCACGUUUAGCUGCACCUGCCUGCCUGGUUAUACUGGUAACGGACACCAGUGUACUGAUGUUGAUGAAUGCUCGGAAAACAGAUGUCACCCCUCGGCUACCUGCUACAAUACUCCUGGCUCCUUCUCCUGCCGCUGCCAAGCUGGCUAUCAUGGGGACGGACUUCAGUGCACACUUGACCCCACUUCAGGACUGAAACCCUGUGAACACCAGCAGCGCAAUGCUCAGGCUCAACACACCUAUCCUGGUUCCCGGAUCCACAUCCCCCAGUGUGAUGAGCAGGGCCACUUCCUGCCACUGCAGUGUCAUGGCAGCACCGGCUUCUGCUGGUGCGUGGACCCUGAUGGUCAUGAAGUCCCUGGGACCCGGACUCCACCGGGCUCCACUCCACCUCACUGCGGACCACCAGAGCCCACCCAGAGGCCCCGGACCGUCUGUGAGCGCUGGAGGGAAAACCUGCUAGAGCAUUAUGGUGGCGUGCCCAGGGACGACCAGUACGUGCCCCAGUGCGAUGACCUAGGUCACUUCACCCCCCUGCAGUGCCACGGGAAGAGUGACUUCUGCUGGUGUGUGGACAAAGACGGCCGAGAGGUGCAGGGCACCCGCUCCCAGCCAGGAACCACCCCUGCAUGUAUACCCACGGUUGCUCCACCCACGGCCCGGCCCACGCCCAGGCGUGAUGUGACCCCUCCAUCCGUGGGCACCUUCUUGCUCUAUGCCCAGGGCCAGCAAAUCGGCCACUUGCCCCUCAAUGGUACCAGGCUUCAGAAGGACGCGGCCAAGACCCUGCUGUCACUGCAUGGCUCCAUAGUUGUGGGAAUUGAUUAUGACUGCCGGGAGAGGAUGGUGUACUGGACAGACGUCGCUGGACGGACCAUUAGCCGUGCCAGUCUGGAACUGGGAGCAGAGCCCGAGAUAAUCAUUAACUCAGGUCUGAUAAGCCCCGAAGGACUUGCCAUUGACCACUUUCGUAGAACGAUGUACUGGACGGACAGUGGCCUGGAUAAAAUAGAGAGGGCCAACCUGGAUGGCUCUGAACGCAGGGCCCUCUUCCACACAGACCUGGUGAACCCCCGAGCUAUCACCGUGGAUCCAAUCCGAGGAAACUUGUACUGGACAGAUUGGAAUCGAGAAGCUCCUAAAAUUGAAACAUCGUCUUUAGAUGGACAAAACAGAAGAAUUCUGGUGAAUACAGACAUUGGACUACCCAAUGGUUUAACCUUUGACCCCUUCUCUAAAAUGCUGUGCUGGGCAGAUGCAGGAACGAAAAAACUGGAAUGUACACAACCUGACGGAAUUGGACGGCAUGUCAUUCAAAACAACCUUAACUACCCCUUCAGCAUUGUUAGCUAUGCAGAUCACUUCUACCACACGGACUGGAGGAGGGAUGGUGUUAUAUCAGUAAAUAGGAAGAGUGGCCAGUUUACUGAUGAGUAUCUUCCAGAGCAGCGAUCUCAUCUCUACGGGAUAACAGCAGUCUACCCCUACUGCCCAACAGGAAGAAAGUAAAUAUGGCAUUGUAAAGGACUUGGAGUUCACAAUCAGAAUCUGAACCCUAAAGAACAUUUACUGCAAACAAAAGUCGAAGAAAGUGAAAACAGAAAUUGGCCAUUAGAAGUUCCUGGACAUAUAAGAUGAAAAUUUUCAGUACAAAAAGACUAAGUAUAUUUUGUGAAAAGUUUAUACCUCAAUCUUUACUACUGUAUUUUUUUUUUAAAAAGUUAUUACCAGGUUUAAAAAAGCUAAUAGAAUUUUAAUUGUUGCUUAUUAAAGCAACUUUUUAUAAAACAUUUAUAGCAUAUUUACAAGGUCAAAUUCAUUCAACUAAGAACCAAAUAUGCUGAGACCUUAAAUCUGACUUUUGCUAUGGGUUCUUUUUGGCCAAGAAAUUAAAGCACAGGUGAGCAGUAUAAAAAAUACAAUCUUAAAAUCCUGACACAGUUAAGAGGCUAUGCAGAACUGAUGGGAAAGAACCAACUUAUUUAUAGUUUCCCAGCAAAAGUUCUAAGGUUCUAAGAUUUUUUUUACCUCUGCAUCAGUGCAUUUCUAUUUAUAUUAAAAGGUGCUACAAUGUUUCAAUUUGUAUUUUCUGGUCAUGUAAAUCCCUCUAUAGAAUUACCCACAGAAAUUACAUUUAUAAAUACCAAAGCUGUAUCAGUUCUCAAAUUUUUUAGAUUACUCCAAUAAAA